UCAAACUACCUAACCUAACCCCGGUGCUCGAUCUCUCGCCACCAACCUAACCCCUGCUGCCGCUGCUGCGCGACACGGUUCGUUUUUUUCUUUUACUUUCACUGGUUCAAGGAAGAGGAGAGAGGAAUCUGGUGGUGGAUUUGUGAUGGCCACGGCGAGUUUGAUCAAGGCGCCCGUGGGGCAGAGUCCUGGGACUGGGGGCAGGAUGGUGGCGGGGAGGGGAGGAGGAGGCGGCGUGGUCAGGUGCUCGCUGCAGGGCGCCGUGGUGGGGGGCCGGGCGGAGUGGCAGAGCAGCUGCGCCGUGCUGUCCAGCAAGGUGGCCGCGCUGGGCCCCGCCGUCAACGGGCGCGCCGCGCCCAGCUUUGUUAAUGGGCAUGUCGCGCCGCUGGUCCCGGAGCCGGCGGCGAAGGACGGGGCGGUGCUGGAUUUGGUGCCGGUGAGCAGCGUCAAUGGCGGGGGCGUCGCCAGGAACCUGCCGCAGCCGCUGCGGAUCUCGGACCUGUCGCCGGCGCCGAUGCACGGGUCGCAGCUGCGCGUGGCGUACCAGGGGGUCCCGGGGGCGUACAGCGAGAAGGCGGCCGGGAAGGCGUACCCGGGGUGCGACGCCAUCCCCUGCGACCAGUUCGAGGUGGCGUUCUCUGCCGUGGAGCUGUGGAUCGCCGACCGGGCGGUGCUCCCCGUGGAGAAUUCGCUGGGCGGCAGCAUCCACCGCAACUACGACCUCCUGCUCAGGCACCGGCUCCACAUCGUCGGCGAGGUGCAGCUCCCCGUGCACCACUGCCUCAUGGCGCUCCCGGGCGUCCGCAAGGAGUGCCUCACCCGCGUCAUCAGCCACCCGCAGGCGCUGGCGCAGUGCGAGCACACGCUCACCGCCAUGGGCCUCAACGUCGUCCGCGAGGCCUUCGACGACACCGCCGGCGCCGCCGAGUACGUCGCCGCCAACGGCCUCCGCGACACGGCCGCCAUCGCCUCCUCCCGCGCCGCCGAGCUGUACGGCAUGGAGGUGCUCGCCGACGGCAUCCAGGACGACUGCGGCAACGUCACCCGCUUCGUCAUGCUCGCCCGCGAGCCCAUCGUGCCCCGCACCGACCGCCCCUUCAAGACCAGCAUCGUCUUCGCCCACGACAAGGAGGGCACCUCCGUCCUCUUCAAGGUCCUCUCCGCCUUCGCCUUCCGCGACAUCACCCUCACCAAGAUCGAGAGCCGCCCGCACCGCCACCGCCCCAUCCGCCUCGUCGACGACGCCAACGUCGGCACCGCCAAGCACUUCGAGUACAUGUUCUACGUCGACUUCCAGGCCUCCCUCGCAGAGCCGCGGGCGCAGAACGCGCUCGCCGAGGUGCAGGAGUACACCUCCUUCCUCCGUGUGCUCGGCAGCUACCCCAUGGACAUGACACCCAUGACCGCCGGCUCCUCCUCCACCGUCACGUCCUCCGAUUCCUCCUCGCCGCCGCCGCCGUCGCCUUCCUCCACUUGAUCGCCGAGACAAGCAUCGAGUAGUGACGUUUGGAUUCUUUCUGGUCAUGUCGUCCUACUCGCCCUCCCUCAUUGCCGGGAGUAAUUAAUUUUGUCUUCCAUUUUUUCUUCUUCUUCUCGUCAUUAUACAUGUAACUGUUCCACUCCAGAUAAUUUAUCUGCAGUAAAUAGUAC